UAAUUAUACAGAUAUAGCUUUGGAUUUGGUUAGGCAAUAUCCCCAGGUAGCUAAAUCAAGAUUUCGGCAUCAGUGUGCUCUGGGAGAAAUGGCUAAAAAGGUGUCUGCAUUCAGAAGUGGUAGUCAUUUCAAUCAUUGGCAAAGCAUAAUAUAUUAUUAUGUUCCAGUGAAGGUAGAGCAAUCCGCCGAAUACAGUGAAAGAGAUGACAUUUUGAAUCCAACAAGGCAAAAAGUGAAGGCCAUGAUUUGGAGAGUCUUGGAAUUAUUAGUGCCUCCCAUUAAACACAUACAACACAUACGAGAGCAAAAAUUGAAGCACAAUCAAGCACUCCAACUAGUCAAAUACUUAUGUGAGCAAGUUAGAUCUUUAGAAGACUUGAAAGCUUAUAGAUCACUUGCUAAAUGUCCACUCCUUGUAGCAGCAAAGUUAGGGAUUCACGAGAUCAUAUUGAAGAGAUUGUGAAUUCGUUUCCUAGAGCAAUUCUUGCUAAAGACUCAGAAGAUCGACACAUAUUUCAACUCGCAGUUAUAAAGCGCCAUGAAAAUGUUUUCAACCUCUUGUAUCAAAUGGGUGAGUAUAAACAAUAUAUCACACGAUUGGAAGACGAUAAUGAGAACACACUGCUACACUUGGUUGGAAACCAAGCACCUAUAGAGAAACUCAAUGUUGUUCCUGGUGCAGCUCUGCAGAUGCAGCGUAAGUUACAAUGGUUUAAGGUAAUACAAUACUUCUUUCUAUUCCAAGGACUAAUUACUGAUGUA